AUGGAAGAGCAGGUGUUCAAGGGGGACCCGGACACCCCUCAUUCCAUCUCCUUCUCGGGCAGUGGAUUCCUGUCCUACUACCAGGCAGGGGCCGUGGAUGCCCUGCGAGACCUGGCGCCCCGGAUGCUGGACACAACCUAUCGCUUUGCAGGGACGUCAGCAGGUGCGGUGAUCGCAGCCCUGGUCAUCUGCGGGAUAGAGAUGGAUGAGUACCUCAGAGUCCUCAACGUGGGGUUGGCCGAGGUGAAGAAGUCCUUCCUGGGGCCCUUGUCGCCGUCCUGCAAGAUGGUGCAGAAGAUGAGGCAGUUUCUGUACCGUGUGCUGCCUGAGGACUCCUACAAGUUCGCCACCGGGAAGCUGCACGUGGGCCUCACGCGCCUCACCGAUGGAGAGAGCGUGGUGGUCUCAGAGUACACAUCCAAGGAGGAGCUCAUUGAGGCCCUGUACUGCAGCUGCUUCGUCCCCGUUUACUGUGGCUUCAUCCCCCCGACAUACCGUGGUGUGCGGUACAUAGACGGGGGCUUCACAAGCAUGCAGCCCUGCUCCUUCUGGACGGACUCCAUCACCAUCUCCACCUUCAGCGGGCAGCAGGACAUCUGUCCCCGGGACUGCCCUGCCAUCUUCCAUGACUUCCGUCUGUGCAAUUUCUCCUUCCAGUUCUCCUUGGAGAACAUCGCACGCAUGACGCACGCGCUCUUCCCCCCCGACCUGGUGAUCCUGCACGAUUACUACUACCGGGGUUAUGAUGACACAGUCCUGUACCUGAGGCGGCUGAAUGCUGCUUACCUCAAUUCUCCCUCCAAGAGAGUGAUUUUCCCCCGGGUGGAGGUGUACUGCCAGAUAGAGCUUGCCCUUGGCAGUGUGUGUCCUGAACGCAGUCAGCCGAGCCACCAAGCACAGCGGGCCAGUCUGGAAGAAUCCGCACAGCGUGACACCAAGGGAACUCCCAGAGGGGAUGGAAGGGCUGACCAUCUGCCUGUGUCCCCACCUGGGCAGACACCCGAGUCCACAUGUGAGGGGCCUGCAGAGUCACCUGCCUUGCCACUGGCCUCAGCCCCAGCACAGACUCCAGGUGUCUCGCUGCCUGUGUCACCUGCCUCGCUCUCAGCUCCACACUCACCACCGAGCUCCACGCCUGGCUCCUCACUGCCCAUCACACCCCCAGGGCUGUCACCUGCGUCACCUCAGCAGCAGCAACACCCAUCUGGACUGCCACUCAAAUCCCCACCUUCCCCGGCAUCCCUGUCAGCCAGGCCAUCGCUGGGGCCCUCAGCUAUGGAAGCACCUCAAACGUCACCCCAAGCUUCCCCUUCAACGUCACCUGCAGGGCCAUGUGUGGAGGAGCAAGGCCCAGGACAGCCCCAAGGUAGGGCCCUGCUGCUGAUGUCACAUCAAAGGUCAGCAGCACCCCUCCUCCACAGCCACUGCCCUGGGUCCCCGUUAGAUUCAGCAAGCUCCCCGCACCCGUUCCCACGCAAAAAGCACCGCACUUCCAGUCCAGGUCACCGGGAAGGAAGCCGGCAGCAAGGUCAACAUCACGCCGUUAACAAAGCACCCCUUCAUCUCCUGCCCAGGGAGAGCACUGCUGCCGACUCAAGCUGGGUGAGCAAAGUGUUCAAGAACAAACAGAAGACAAAUGGCACCAGAAAAUGCUUUCCCCGGCAUCCACGGUCCAAAACAGAAGGCGGAAAAGCACAGUCUGCUCCCUGUCCACCCGACUGCCCUCUGCGAUCCACUUCUGAGGAAAUCUGGGUCACCUACAGGCCUCAUCCCAGCAGAUCCAGGAAUACAGCUGCCCUGAGGAAGCUGUGA